AUGUCAUCACCAGAUCGUCGCACUGGGGUGAAGCGACCAAGAACGCAGUCUUUACCUCCUCCGGCGCUUCCUCAAUUGGUCGCGGAGCAACAUACUGCCAUUCCACCAACAGAUAAAGACUCUCAGCGACUGAUUGUUGUGCUAUCAAAUGCCAGCCUCGAGACUUAUAAGGCUGCCCAUGGGAGCAGCAGUAGAACCGGCGUUCAUCGUGAGGACAAGUAUUCAUUGCUUAAUAGCGACGAGCAUAUUGGUGUCAUGCGCAAGAUGAACCGUGAUAUCAGUGAUGCUCGCCCAGACAUCACACACCAGUGUCUCUUGACUUUACUAGAUUCACCAAUCAACAAGGCCGGCAAACUGCAGAUCUACAUUCAUACAGCAAAGGGCGUCUUGAUUGAAGUAUCUCCUUCGGUCCGAAUCCCUAGAACCUUCAAGCGAUUUGCUGGUCUCAUGGUUCAACUACUUCACCGCUUGUCAAUUCGGUCUACGAACUCGAACGAGAAAUUGCUUCGCGUGAUUCAGAACCCAAUCACUGACCACUUGCCCCCAAAUUGUCGCAAAGUGACCCUUAGCUUUGAUGCUCCCCUAGUGCGCGUCCGGGAGUACAUGGAAACAAUUGGUCCCAAGGAGAGCAUCUGCGUGUUUGUAGGGGCCAUGGCAAAGGGUUCUGACACAUUUGCCGACUCGAUCGUGGAUGAGAAAAUAUCCAUUAGCAACUACUCACUGUCUGCCAGUGUGGCUUGCAGCAAAUUUUGUCACGCAGCCGAGGAUGUGUGGGAUGUUCUUUGA